AUGUCUACUACUGCUUCGAAAAAAAUUGCAAUUGUUACCGGUGCUUCUUCUGGUAUUGGUUAUGCUAUCACCAAAGAAUUAGCUCAACACGACUAUAUCAUCUAUGCAUGCGCUAGAAGAUUAGAGCCAAUGCAACCAUUAGUUGAUGAAUUUUCAACCUCAAUCAUCAAACCAUAUAAACUUGAUAUUUCUAUUCUUGAUGAGGUUAUUACAUUUAAAGAAUUUUUAGAGGAAGAAUUAUCAGGCCAAAAAUUAGAUCUUCUUUAUAAUAAUGCUGGCCAAAAUUGUUGCUUACCAGCUUUAGAUAUUUCAGACGCUGACAUGCAAAAAUGUUUUCAAGUUAACGUAUUUGGCCAUAUUAACAUGUGUCGUGAGUUAUCCAAAUAUUUGAUUAAUGCUAAGGGUACUAUUGUAUUCACUGGAUCAAUAUCUGGUAUUGUAUCUUUCCCAUUUGGUUCUAUAUAUUCUGCAACAAAGGCGGCAAUCCAUGCUUAUGCAAGAGGAUUACACCUAGAAUUGAAACCAUUUGGUGUACGUGUCAUUAAUUCAGUUACAGGUGGUGUUAAUACACAUAUUUCUGACAUUAGACCGUUACCUAAGGAUUCUAUCUAUGAAUUCCCAGAGGGUAAAGAAGCAUUUGAAAGUGUACAACACAUGACUGAUAAUUACCAACCAAUGUCCGCUGAAGUGUACGCUAAGAAAUUAGUAGGCGAUAUAUUAAGCUCUAAGGAUCCUGUUGAUGUCUAUAGAGGAUCGUCAGCUACAUUUUUAAGUUUUUUUUCUUCAAUUGUCCCUUAUUUUAUAUUAGAGUCUGCUUUAAUUAAGCAAUUCAAUUUAACAAAAGCUUUCGAAGUAUUGAAAGGGAAAAAAGUUGAAGCGAAAAAACAAGAUUAG